AUCAGGAGGGAUCGGAUGAUGAAAAUAUGGUAGACAAUUUUGUCACCUUUUUUGUGGCAGGUCACGAGACCACUGCCAAUCUAUUAUCUUUUACUAUUAUGGAAUUAGCACGGCACCCAGAAAUAGUUACAAAACUUCAGGCUGAAGUCGAUGAAGUUAUUGGUGUGAAGAGAGACGUUGCCUACGAAGAUCUGAGGAAACUGAAAUAUUUAUCACAGGUUCUCAAAGAAAUCCUACGGUUAUACCCACCAGUUGCAGGUGUUAUGCGCUGGACAGAGAAGAAAAAUGUAAUUGAAGGAAUUGACAUUCCAGCAAACACCACCCUAUUUUUCAGUACCUAUCUCAUGGGACGCAUGGAAAGAUAUUUCAAGAAUGCUCUGACCUUUGAUCCUGAUCGAUUUAGCAAAGACAAAUCAAGACCUUAUUUUUCCUAUUUCCCAUUUUCGCUGGGACCUCGUUCAUGUAUUGGACAGUUAUUUGCUCAGGUGAGUAAGAUAAUUGCGUUAAGAAUGUCUACUCCAAUACUAGUAUUUGUUCCUUUUAAAAGAGAGGUGGAGAACUUGCGUAUGCUCCUGAUCCAUUCUUUCAGUCUCUAGAGCAGGACUCCCCAACCUAUGGACCAUGGCCCACUAGUGAGACAUGAGGGGUU